AUGUCGGGACUGGACAGUAGCCCAGGAGUCACAGGCGAAGAAUCCCUGUCACCACUGGAGCAAGAAGUACUAGAUGAAUACGUACGGCUGGCAGGAAACCUCGGAGAUCUGUCUGCUCUUCUCAACGAUCUCGCCUCACGUCCCAGCGCAGAAAUCCUCGAUGCGUUGAGAGGUUUGGAGAGAAAGACAUCGACGGUGUUCACGCUGCUUAAAGCUAGUGUUUACUCGAUUGUUUUGCAGCAGGAGAUUCGGGAUGAUGAGGCUGCGUGA